AUGUAUAAAAUCCCUCCCCAGUUCUUGGAGGACAGACGUAUAAAGGAUACACAUUGGCACAAUGCACCCUACUCACAUAAAGUUGGAUUAAGGCGGAUAUGUGCGUAUUUGUUGAUACUCCUGGUUUGCGAACUACCCGGACUUUCUUUGUGUGCAAGUGUGGCAGGAUCCAAAGUUGCACACGAAGGACUUUGUCCAAACAAGCUGAAUUCCAACCUCUGGGUUGAUGCGCAAAGCACCUGCGAGAGGGAAUGCAACGUCGAUGAGGACUGUGCAGACUUUGAGAAAUGCUGCACCAACGUGUGUGGUCUCAACAGCUGUGUGGCAGCACGUUUCUCUGACGGCACGUCUGCACAGCCAGGUGGGCUGGGUGGAGAAGGAGACGACGGCCCCACCUCCACCGCAACCUGUGAGGGCUUUAUCUGCAGCCAGCAAGGAGCAACCUGUGACAUUUGGGAUGGGCAGCCCAUCUGCAAGUGCCAGGACCGAUGUGAGAAAGAGCCUAACUUCACCUGUGCUUCAGAUGGCCUCACCUAUUUCAACCGCUGCUACAUGGAUGCAGAGGCCUGCAUCCGUGGGGUGAGUUUAACUGUGGUCACCUGUCGUUUCUACCUCGCCGGGCCCCACACCAGUCCACUGCCUCAGGACACUACCGCUAAUCCCACCCCGACAUCCUCCCAGGAGGACCCCAUGCCCCCCACACUGUACUCCAACCCUCACCAUCAGUCCAUCUACGUCGGAGGCACAGUCAGCUUCCACUGUGACGUCAUUGGAGUCCCGAGACCUGAUGUAACAUGGGAGAAACAGAGUGAACGGCGAGAACGGCUGGUCAUGAGGCCUGACCAGAUGUAUGGCAACGUUGUCAUCACCAACAUCGGACAGCUAGUCAUCUACAACGCCCAGGUGUGGGAUACAGGUAUCUACACCUGCAUCGCACGCAAUUCUGCAGGAGUUCUUCAUGCAGAAUACCCUCUGUCUGUCAUCCGCCGAGCUGAUGAUGAUUUCUCUGAAGAUCCUGAGAUGCCCAUGGGGAGACCGUUCUCACCAGCUGACUGCCUGGCUGAGGUGGACAGCAGGGUGUGCAGCGGAGAGCGCCACGUGGACUGGUAUUAUGAUAGCAAGCUGGGCACCUGCAUGGCCUUCAGCAACGGUGGGUGUGACGACAGUCGCAACCGGUUUGAGACUUACGAGGAGUGCAAGGCCUCCUGUCAGAGAGAGGGGAUGGGCAUCUGCUCCCUGCCUGCUGUUCAGGGCCCCUGCAAAUCUUGGGAGGCGCGUUGGGCCUGGAACUCCCUCAUGAAACAGUGCCAAGCCUUCGCCUAUGGUGGCUGCCAUGGGAACGCCAACAGCUUCCACACCAAAAAGGAGUGUGAAGCAAACUGCCCACAACCCAAAAGGAAACCUUGUAAGACCUGUCGGGUGAAGGGGAAACUGGUACCCAGCUUAUGCCGCAGUGACUUUGCCAUUGUGGGGCGGCUGACGGAGCUGGUGGAGGAUCUGGACUCUGGGUUAGCCCGCUUUAGCUUGGAAGAGGUCCUGAGAGAUGAAAAGAUGGGACUGACUUUCUUCAACACCAAACAUCUGGAAGUGACCAUCGCCAAGAUCGACUGGAGCUGCCCCUGCCCCAACAUCACCAUGGAGGAAAACCCUCUGCUGGUGAUGGGUGUGGUGCAGGAUGGCAUGGCCAUCAUCCAAUCAGACAGCUAUGUCAGAGCCAUAACUGAACGCAGACUCAAGAAGCUCCGUGAGGUUCUGGACAAGAAGACAUGCGAGGCAUCUAAAACUCCCAAGACUUAG